CCUCUUCAGUGGCCGAUCCCAGAAGCCAACAAGGUCUACAUGUACCCGGAGGACACCCACCACUAUGCUUUGAGCACGCCGGAAGGCAUCGCUGAAUGGCAGGCUCUCGUGCCAUAUGAUGGCACUGUGCGCCCGGGUCCACGCGCGCGCCCCUCCACCAUCGCGAUGUCCCAUCAACUCCAAUGCCUCGACGUCAUCCGCAACGCCAUGGUGUUGCCGAUUUCACCCGGUGAUGCGCAGGGCAGAAACGCCAGGGACCGUUGUCUCAAUCACACGACGCAGAUGGUGCUCCGCCACGCGCACGCCCACGUCGAAUCCGCGCGCACUGACGUGACACCUAGGAUCACGGAUCUGACGAGGUCGGUGCACCGGUGUCGAGAUUGGAGGGUGCCGCACGAUCGAAUGGAAAGAAGUGAG